AUGCCACAUGAUUAUCGAUUAAAAUAUGUAAUGGAAUAUAAUGAAAUGGCCAAAAGAGAAAUAGAACAAACUUUCGAAUUUAGCAAAAGACGUUUUUAUGGACUUAUGAAAAAAAGAAUAAUAUGGUCAUCUGAAUUUGAUUUAUUUAUGAAACGGACUAAGAACAUCUGGAGCACUAUAAUUAGACAGCACGUAGAUAGUUGGUCAAAGAUUUUAAUUUACAGGUUAGAAAAUUUUAAUGAUGAUAUGAACAGGAAAAUUAAAAACCAGAAAAGGGAUACCAUAAAAUGUGAAUAA